CGAAUAGUAUUCAAUCGGAAUUAGAGAGACUCCUGAAGAUUAUGUCGAACUCCGAGGAAGAGAAGUUUGCCUUAAAUAAGCAAAUCCAAGAAAUGCAAAAUGCUCUCAGAGCCGCACAAAGUAGUGGUUCCCGAAGAAACACGCAAAGUGCCCAACAGCUAGAGGAGGGCAGACCUCAGGCCAGACCUCCGUCUGCCACCGGAGCACCGCCCGGUCCACCCGAUCCGUCUAAGGCACCACAACAGCAACAGAGACCACAACAGCAACAGCAACAGCAACAACAACAACAGUUUUCCGAGAAAAUGGUUUAA